AUGAAUUUAUUAGAGGAUUUAGAAAAUAAUGGGACUUAACAAAUGGAUUUAUUAAAUUUUGAGUAUGAUAUAAAUUUAUUAUUAGUCAUUAAGCUAAUGUAAUACCUAAUGUUGAUUUUUAUAAUGCAAUUGUGGUUAAUGAAUUUAUGAAUAAUCGUAUUGUAGAAGUUAAAGAUGGAGAAGUAGUUAAAGAGGGAUACAUAACUAAAUACAAAUUAUAUCUAGUAAGAACAAAAAAGUAAGGAGGAGAAUGGGAAACUGAAGUAUCAAGGAGAUUUAGUGAUUUUGAGUGGUUAUAUUAGGAAUUGAUUAAUAAAUAUGGAGGAUACAUAAUUCCUGCUAUUCCUGAAAAACAUUUACUUACUAAAGUCAAUUUAGCUAGUUAUGAAGUAAAUUUAUGAGAUUUAAAAUUUAAAAAAUUAGUUCUCCGAAAAGAGAAGGAAAGACCUUUAACAAUUUCUUUAAAGAAUACUUCAUCAUCAUCAUCUACGAUAUGUACCAGAAUUAAGAAUAUUUAUUGAAGAUAAAGAAAAAGUAUUUAUAAAAAUAAUAUAUUAGUUUAUUUCUCUUUUAAAAGGUGAAUUAGAAUAAAAUAAAACUAUUGAAUAAAAAUGUGAUAAUUUAUUAUAAUCAGUCAAGACUUUAUGGAAUAGUAGUACAUUAACAACCAAAGGGUAAGAUCCAGCAAAAAUGUUUGAUGGAAGUGAAAAAGAUUUAACUUAUGAUGAAACAUUACUUUUAUCAUUAUCUAUGAAAGGUACCAAGUUAAAAACUGUUGUUGAGGAACAUGUUAUAACAUUGAGAGAAGAAGCUAAAACAUUAAAUGAUUAAAAUGAAGCUUUGUAUUCUUGGAGUAUUAAAAAUAUAUUAAAUUAUUAGAUGGUUUAGGAUCUGCAAGUGAAGAUGAUAUUUCAUAAUUUAAAUAGUUGAAGUAUAAUAAUGAAAUCAGAUAAAGAAAAAUUAAUAGAGAAAUUGAAGAUAUUGAUAGAAAAUUUAUACCUAAAUUAUAAAAUUGUUUAUUUGAAAUUGAGUGGGCAUUAACUGCUUGUAAAAGAAGAAGAAAUUUAUAAUAAUAAUUAUUGAUUGAUUAAUAAAGAAUAGAAUAACUUAAAAUGUAAUAUACAGAUAAUUCUAGCAGAGUAUUUAUUAUUAUUAUUCAUAGAGAGAUUUAGAAAUGGAUGUACUCAAAACUAAAUAUUAAAAAAACAAAGAUAGAAGCGAUAAAAUGUCUAUUAUUAUGUAGGAUGAAUUAUUGAGUUUCAUCACAGAAAUGAAACAAUAAUUAAAAGCAAUUAUAGAAGAAUGGAGAUCUAUUAUGAAGAUUUUAUCAAAAAAUAUUAUUGAAGAUGAUAAUGAAUGAA